AUGGACGAAAAACUAUCACGACAUCAACGUCACAAUAUAAAUAAAAGGCUCAAAUGGGGGCAAAAUAACAUAGAGUCCCAAGAACUGGAAGAGGAUAACAUCACCUUUAAUCCAUUAAAGCAUCGAACCCAAUCUGCAACUCGAAAGCUAUGCACACAUGAUAAGGUUUAUUAUCUUGAAAAAGAGUGGAUAAGUGUUCCUCUCUGUCCCUCUGAUUGCAUAUCAUCAAAAAAAAGCAAGACUCAACAAGAUGUAUCCACUCAAGAUUUACUAAUUGAGACCUUAAUCUGGGAGGCAAAAAAUGCUGAUGGCAAUUAUCUUAAUUCACCUGAGGUUCUUCCAAAUUUUCUCAGAUUGAUCAACAGAUAUAUAAUCAACAAAGCUGAUGAAAGUGAUGAAGAGUCGGAGCUUCAAGUUACAAAUUCAUCAUCUGAAGGGGACAAAAAAUUGUGGGUUGAUUUUGGGAUAUGGUUAGGUUUUGUGGGAUCAAUUAAAGCAAGAGAAGUGCAACGCCAUCUCAAAAAUAGGUGGAAAAAAAUCCAACAUGCCUUGGACUUACGAAAUAAUGGAGAUAUUAUCAUGACAACCACUAAUAAUAAAGAUAAGACUGAGGAAAUUGCAAAAGCACAAAACAAUUUCAGUCCACUGGUCAGGUUGGCACAACUUCGUUAUGUUGUAAGACCAGAGUGCAUUACAGACUCAAAUAACAAAACCCUAAUACAUCUUGAACAACUUGAUAACCUAUCUACCAUUACAAAAGCUACAGAUGCCAUUAAUAAUUACUAUUUCCACACUUUGAAUAAUGCAACCCAUCGAAGUGAUGGAUUCUGGAACAAUUUUACCGAACAUUUUGGAGCUUAUACAUUAUAUAAUACCCUUCCCUAUUCUAGCUCUGAUAUUGCAAGUUCACACAAUGCUGAUCACCAGGAAUGUGUCAAUAAUCUCCUCCGUGGUCUCAAACCUCUGUCAGAUGUCAUUAACAAAUUUAUUCAAGAUAAUUACGAAAGUUUAUAUGAGAAAUUAAGCAAGCUAGUAUGGGGGCCAUUUGCACCAAGACCUUUUGGGGUUUUUCCAAUGAUUGCUAUUAAUUACAAUAUUAUUAGUGAUUAUCACUGGGAUGAAAAUGAUGAGGCAAAUUGUUUCUGUUGUCUUGUUGCUUUAGGAGAUUUUGAAGGAGGUGAACUAUGUUUUCCCCAGCUCCAGAUUGUGGUAGUGCUUCAGCCUGGGCAAGUUGUUGCAUUUUCCUCACGUUUUCUACUUCAUGGCAACUUUCCCAUUACCAAAGGAAUCCGACACAGUGUUGUUUACUAUGUUCAUCGUGGAUUUUUUCAUAAUUCACGGGAUUUCACCAAGGUUUAUGAAUGCAAGGAUGAAAUUUAUAGAGACGCAAAGGGUAACAUUAACAAUCCUCAACAAAACCUCACUGAUGCUAAUGGGUCAAACAACUUAAUCAACCUUACGAAACCAAAAGCAUUCCAAACUUGUAUCUCAUCUGCAUCAUCUGAUAACAGACGAAGGGGUGUAG